AAAACAUUAGUCGUCUGUCGUCUGUAGCGAACAGCAGACACACGCAAGACAGACGGAUAAAGCAGGGAGCCAGUGACACUUGCCAAACUUCGAGGCUCGAUUUUUUGGAUUCGUCUAAGACCCAGACAGUCUCAGGUCUUCACCAUGGCGGCUUUCGACGACAUAAAACAGCUGGCUCACCCCUAUCAUCUGUUAAAUCUGAUAAUGAGCUUGAGUUUCUUGACGGCCAAAUAUACGCCGGUUUUGUGUGAAAUCCUCUUUCCUGAAGGCGAUUGUGGGGAGCUCACUAUGUGGGAGUCUGAAGUGAUGUUCUUCAUGAUUGUCAUCAUUGCCUUCAGGACCCGCAAGAGUGGGAGCAGGACCAUGCUUGCAUAUGUCUCUGUCGCUUCCACGUAUGCUAAGCUCUGUAACGUUCUCCUGUGGUUCAGUGCUGAUCCUGUUUAUGGCAUUCUGUACCUUGUGUUUGCCAUCACUCAUUUCCUUCUGGUUGGAGAACCUGUAUAUCAGGGCCCGGAGAACCUGACUUACUUCCAAGGCAAGGAGUUGGACGAGGAACUGCAGAGAGACAAGAAUACAGUGUGGCUUAUCACCUUCUACACCGCAUGGAGCCCAGCUUGCUCAAGCCUGGCUCCCAUCUUUGCAAAGCUCUCGGCCCAGUAUGCCCUUGACAACCUGAAAUUUGGCAAGAUUGAUGUAGGGCGAUAUCCUGAUGCAGCAAAGAAAUACCACAUCAACGAUUCAGCGUUUUCGCUUCAGCUUCCAACAAUCUCAGUCUUUAAGAAGGGCGCUGAAGUUGAAAGGCGACCUUGCUUGGAUGCCAAUGCCAAGUUCCAGAAAUUUUACUUCACAGAGGAUAACAUCAAGGCUUCCUUUGAUCUGAACAAUAUGUACCUCCAAUGUAAGAAAGAUCUUGAGGCCAAGAAGGGGAAAAAGGAAGCUCAUGUUAAAGCAGAGUAAAACAAAAAGGCAAUAUGUGAUAAGUCUGACAAAGUUGUACACCCAUUUACCUGAUUUUUUUUAUAUAAGGUAAUGAAUCUUGCUUAUGUUGUAGUAUAAAGUUCAUUUGUGAGGUCCUUUGCACCUUUGAAUAAGUAAAGUCACAAAAAAGCUUAGUUCACACAUUUAUUCUUAGAGAUAUAUUAUCAUUUUAUUGGUCAUCAUACAAUAUUUAAAUACUUUUAUUGUUGUACCCAAUCUCUCUUUAUUCUUGUUUUAUUACAGAUAUUGUAGUUUUCAUAUAGCAAACUUUAUGUAAUGAUGGUAACAAUCAGAUUAUAUAUAUAUUUAUUAUUCACUGAUUUACGACUUACAGAGCAAUCAGUGAAUUCUCUAAAUAUUUGAGAAAAGCAAAUAACUUAUUGUGAAUUAUCUUUCCCACAUAAAGUAAGUUAUUGCUGACUGAAAAAAAGGCAAAGUCCUUGAAAUAUAUGUGCAGUUGUUGUUAGUUUUCCAUAUUGUCCCAUUAUAUUCAAGGAUACCAAAGUUCAGUGUUUGAAGUUACAUAUCCUAUAAUGUUAUGUUCAUUGUGUCAGAGUAUUGCAUGAACCAAGAGCUCUUGAAAGGUUGUAUGACUGAAAUUCCACUUGUACAAAGUUGUUCUCAUCUAAAUCAUUGUUGUGAAGGGAGUGUGCAUUGAGUAUCAUGUGACUUUAGUUGUAAUUCAUUCUCAUGCUCAAAUAUUUGAAAAUUCAGAAUAAUAGUUUAUGUAACCUGUAUUAUGAUGGCUAUUUUUAUGUUUUUAAUAUAGUCAAUGCCUGUUCAUCACAUACUAGUUUUUUGUCUAAUUUACUGUGUGAUAAAAUAGUCAUUUAAUAUAUACUGGUUAACUAACUGUAAACUCGAGGUGUACUGUACCAUCUGAUGUCCAAAAAGCAUAUCUUACUACUGGUUAUUUUAUUAAUUAUGCUUGUAAAGUGCACGCAGAGCUUUGUCGUGAUAUGGCAAGGUAUGCCAUUACUAUUCACAAUUUUGUCCAGCAUGUAGCUUGGUAAUCAAAAACCAUGAGUAUGAUGUAUAUAAAUUUCGAAAAAGACAAGCUACGUGCCUUCAUCAGCACAGCUCCAAUUUUUGUUACAAGUUGUAUAUAAGAUUUAUCAAGAUGAUUUGCCAUGUUUGUGAUAAUUUGCAGAUAUGGUUAAUUUAUCUCAUAAGCUUUUGUAAUAAAGAUUAUUUGUGCCAUUUUCCUUUUAAUCCAUACAUGGGUAAAUUGAAAAAUAUUCAUCUUUG